UUAUUAUAUAUGAGCGAUAGUAUGCAAAACAAAAAUGACAACUACAAUGAGAUGCUAUCCAAUGAAAUGACCUUUAACAAAAAUAUGAUAAUAAAAUGGGUAAUAAUAGCUAUAAUUCUGUAUUUGAUAUUUAUGCUAUUCUCAUAUGUAUUCGUCAAUUACGUUUUGUUCUACGCAGUCAUAUUUUUUGUUUGUGUUCUUAUUAUUAAAUAUUUUGUCUAUCAUUUUAAUAAUGACGAAAUUGAAGUUUUAGAGAAUUAUCAAAGUUUUGAAGCCAACACAAUCUAA